AUGAGUCGAAAUAGUUUGCUGGACCUGCCGAGAGUCUUGCCGGACGACCGUUGGCGCGGGUUGGUGGGGGAGGAGCGAGAGCGGACGCAGAGGCACGUAUUGGAGUUGUUGGCGAGUUCGGACAAGGGCGACAUAGGAGCCGUGUUGGCGAUGCGGAAGUGUUUGACGCUGAUGCGGCACACGAUGGAGCAUAAGACGGACUACGAAGAGGAGUGGUUGGGGACGGACGGGGCCAAGUUUUACAAACAGGUCAUCCACGGACUCUCCAAAUGGUUGCUGGCGUCAUUCUCUGUGGGUGAAGGCGAAGGUCCGAAAGAUUUGUUGUAUGGAACGAUCUUGUGUCAAGUGUUGAGUAAUGUGCUACGGACGGUGCUAUGGGUGACCGAUUACAAGCUGUGGCACGUGCCGGAGGAUUAUGAGGCCUUGGUACGGUUUAUUGGGUUCCCGGUGAGGCCUGAAUGGUUUUUGGAUAGUAUUGGCGAGAAGUAUCGGUUAUCGUUUCGGCGGAAUGUGAACACGGGCGGGAAGAUUUUCGAAGAGUGGUACAACAGCGUGAUCCACCUGAGUCACUAUUGCAAAGUGUUUUGGCCGGUUUUGGGUGGCCAAGUCUUGGUCGAACGCGCCCGUCGGGACGUGCUGGAAAGGACUUCUUCCAGAGCACUGGCUUACAUGGCCCUCUUUGACAAAAUGGUCAGUUCCCAAUUCUGUUUCGAGAUAUUAGCUAGGGCUGUCAAGUACGCGUGGGCCACUGGACAAGAUGACUUAUUCAAACCGUCCGCCCGGAAGACGUCCACUCAGAAUAUGUCUGGAGCAGGCGCUGCCGCCGGAAUCAGUGGGAACACCGAGAACGUCCCGUUGGGCUUUACCUUCCUCCCCAAAGUCUGUCACAUUUUGAGUCGAGUUGGUCUGAAGGUACCGCUGGCUGUCAACCUCUCCAUGCUAACCAAAGAUGUUCCGAGUCCCAUGAGAUCGUCGAGCAUCAUAUUUACAUACCUGCUCGUGCCCAAGGCCGACAACGGUUCUAUACCGAACGGCGAUUUGGUCUGGCGGAUUCUAGCAUCUUUGUUUACUGUAUUGGAGCCGUGCUCAAAUCCAAGCGUGAUGCUUGGUAAGUACGAUAAGAGUAUAUCCCAUUUCCUGUCUUACUUUUUGGAUUGUUAUGUCAAAAGGGUCGGAAGAGAGCGGUCAUGGGUUUGCAGCACACGUGUGUGCGAAGCGCGCAAAUUGGGUCCCGUCGAAGAUAGAGUCAUUAUUGACAUGGCAUUCCCCCUAUGUCGUGAGGGGAUCAUGAAAAAGAGUCAAGAUACGAGCUCAAGAUACGACUUAGCAUUAUCUCUUUUGUGCGCUCUGUCUCCUACGGAAAUCACGCAGUGGUUGCAUAGCAAGUUGUUGUCUGUUUCCGAGAAUAUAAGUGAGCCUUUGCAGCUAUUAGUUGUGCUUCGAUUGACGGCUAGAUUCUCUCGAUGGAUCGCGUUGUAUAGUCCAAGUACUAUUUUGGAGUUGUUUAAGUUAAUAGAGAAUGGUUCUUUGAUUGACGUGUCUGAGCAGAUGAAGACCGUGGCGUUGCUGACGUGUUUCCUGUCUCUGUCUACGUUCAUUCCCUUCUCCGAGUUCACCAACGCGGAAGGCGAGCCGGAGCAGGCGGACUUGUACGGAGUAGCGUUGGAGGACAGCUGGAAGCGUCUGCUGUUUAUGUUCGGGGCCAAAACGGCGGAGAACAGGACGGUCUUUGCGAGCCAGGGAAAAGUCACGAACAUUCGGAACUACCCGGAUUGCAGACUUGCCGACACUAGCUCUAGCAGAACCGCUAAUACUAAUACUGGCGACGAGACGGAGCAAGAUGAGUGUGCGUCUUACCAAACAGCGGAUAACCUGCGAACGAUGUUAGAACAGCGGCAGCUGGUGUCGGUGAGCGUGGGGCUGUUUGCGGAGACGUUGGUAGAGAAGUUAUUGGCGGCGGUGGACCGGAUGGGAAGCGGUUCGGACGCUUUGGACGACUCGUUAUCGAAUACGAUUCAGUUGUUGUUUUACGCGAUUUGUACGGACGGGCCGACGGAGUUGGUUGCCAAUUUGAACGGUCGUUUCUGGCAGUGGGCGGCAGCGACUCCACGCGAAUCGGUUGUCAAGGUCAUCGCGGCCGUCGCGGGCGGUUUGGCGGCCAGUCGGCGUGUGGAUGCACUUGCGAUCGCACUCGAUGCGACGGAGGCUGUGGCUGCGCGGCCGGCCGCUUCGCCGGCAAUUUUGGAGUGGUUACUGAAGCUGUUGCGCAGUACCAUCUCGAUCGUGGACCGGCGACUGUUGUUACGGAACACUUUACGCCUUGCACGUCUGUCUUGGAAGCUUCUUCACUCUUCGGAAAUGAAGGUCUUUAAAAACGGAACCGCCGUUCUUGCCGCGACCAUCGGUAAACUGAUGGAGACUGAAGUCCGUCCCUGGCGGCCUUCUUCCGCCUAUGAAUCACCGCUGGACUGUCUCGUAAACUGGCUGGAGCCCGCCGGUGCCUUCGAACAACGAUGCAACAAACCAGUGAUGGAAUGGGACGAACCGGACGACCGAGCGCUCGACACUGCACUAGCACUCAGCACACUCUUCCUCGAACUCUUCACAGAGCUCCAAGACCGCCAGACCAAUCCCGAAGCGGGUCGCCAGUUCGAUGCCGCCAAGUUCGUCCGCGAACUCCGAGGCUUCAUACGCAACAAGGAUGAUGCUUUACUCACACAGCUCGCUGCCCUCCCCACUGAGCCAACUGGAGCGGCGGAGACAAGUGGCGAAGCCGGAGGUGGGACGGAGUUGCCAGAGGCGCCGACGGUCGUGUUCCGUUUGGUGCGGUUGGUAAAGGUGACUGUGGGUUCUCUGUCUGCGGUGUUUGUUGAUGAGCCGAGCAGUCGGUUGUGGGGUGCGACGGGAGCUGCGCACUGUGGUCGGGAGGCGGGUGAGACUCUACUGCGUUUGGCGGUGGAGUUUCUGUCUUCGCACGCGGCGGCAUAUGCGGGGUUGGCGGUGGACGCGGAGUCUCUUAGUGGAAGACUGGAUACGGAAGUGGUAACGCAGGGUCAGGCGGGCACAGACCUGAGUAAACUGUUACAGAAGAUGCUGGGACUGGUACGAGUGGCUGCGGCGCGACAGCCGCCUUCGCAGAAGGAUGUGGAGCCGUUGAAAACAAUCGAAGGUUGGAGUACCUUCGGCGUUUGGAGCAACCCAUUAUUCGGGCUACACAAGUAUGCGGCGUUAGAAGGUGCGUGCCCCUUCGCAUACCUCGAACGCGUCCAACAGGAGUGGCUGUAUCGUGUGAGCUGUGCAUCCGAACGCGUGCGCUUUUCUCUCGACCGUCGAUGGUGUGUCUGUUUUGUGCUGGCCAUGACCACUUGUGUGUACGCACAGGUGCGCGUGGCCGCACAGAAACUCCUCGGGCGAUUGGUGGCCUGUCAUGCAGGCGCGCGCACCCCCGUCAUUGACGCACUGGUCGCCGAGUGGCAGCUCUGCGCUACGGAACCAGCCAUCUAUGAGGGCGCAGACGGCGCCGGCGACCACGGCGGGGCAGAGGCAGGUCCCAGUGUGACUCCCCGAGAAGGCGGAAGUGACGCCGAGGAGGAGGGUGUCGACUUGCGGAAAUUCGUCAAACAACUUAGUGGGAACCACCUGGCUGCCACGAGUCUGGCAGCGACGACAGGACUGGCGACCAAAGGACUGGCCGCCACCAAGGGCGAUUCUAGCAUCGAGGAGUCGGAAGCCAGUCGCGCUGUCUCCGAAUACAAGAUCCACCGACAGAUGACCGGCCUCAUCUACGUACUCGGAGAACCCAAGAUGAUGCGUCGUAUCAUGGCUGCACCGCACUGGAGAAACCAGGUUUGCAUGACUCUCGUCGACGCACUCAGCAGACCCGUCGAAGAAGCAUCGCUUCGUCAAAGACUCCUCGCCCUGGCGCGGGCCACCGUCGACUGUCGCAGCGACUGCAACGCCGAAGACGACCGUCAGUUCAUACGCACUCUUCUUGACAAACUCGACGAGCCGCUCCAUUGGCGUUCACAAACUUAUUGUCUCGCACUUGUCACCGCCAGCCUCCGCGCUGACACUCUCAGUCAGACGACUGAGGGCGCGAAGCUGGUGAGCAGGAUCGUCGGAUGGUACGUGCACUACGCGACGCAGCCCUCGCCGACGCCGAAUAUGGUCACGCUCUCGCUUUGCGGACUCUCCAUCCUUGGCCGCCUCAUCGUCAAGCAUAAAGAAAUCGUCUGCGACCAGGAAACCAAAGAUCUCCUCGUUCAGAAAAUUGACAAGGUGCUGGGCAACCUGAGUUUGGUGCAUGUGCAAAUAACGCGCAACAAAGACGGUAAUGACUUGCUGUACCACCUAUUAGUCGAAGUCAUUCGAUGCGACCGCUCCUGGCCGACAAGUCUGCUCGGCAAGUACCACAGUGGCUUCAGUCUGCACUGUUGUUGCAUUUCACAGACAUGCGUCCAACUUCUGCGACAUUUCUUGGGCGAGGAGGCGGCGCUGGAAAUAUUGCGCACACGUGUGCUGCCCAAUACUGCCCAGGCUUGGACGGCCGCAGACAAGAACAGCCCGUCAGAUGAAGAGAGUUACUCGACGCUGGCGGAAUUUUCGGCCGGACUACUGAGGGCAGCGCGCAAGUGGGAGCCGAAAAACAUGAAGCGCAUCUUUGAGUUGCUCGUUCCAAGUCUCAAGGAGACAAUUGACGGGCAAAACGGUGACAGCAACAUCUGGCUAGACUCGAUGCGCUGGUGCGUCCAUGGCGUCUUUGGUGGCACAAAGAUGAAGAAGCGGACGAUGGAGGACGAUUUGAUUGACGGCAAGAAUUUCCCGAAUGCGAAAUGUUUCGUGUUUGGCGUUGCCAACGCCUACAUCAAUGGGCGCGCGUCCACAACCGAGCUGUUGCCAGCUGUUGGUGAUUUCGACAAGUCUUCGCUCGAGUGGCGACGGCGCAUGAUCUUCCUGGCAACGUUCCAUUACGACCUGAACAGCAUUUUUUCGGAGGAGGUCGAGUGGACAAGGAACGCGCUGACUAACACCGACGGCAACCUAUAUCAGCACAAGCGAGCAAGAGAGACGCUCGCUCAUGGCCUCGCUCAGUUCAUCCUCUGCUGCUCAAGCACCCUCUUCGUGCGACUUGGUCGCACUGACCAUCCCAGCAUUGCUGUACACGAACAGUUCCUCAAACACUUUGAGGAUGGCCUGAUCAGCAAGAAGGACGCUCUUCUAGAAGCCCUCCGGCACUACCGACAUAAUUUCCAGGAAGACCCCGCUGCAACUUCACCCGACCCGGAGACGUUGGAAUUCAUGACUCUUGCUCAAUGCCUGAAACACAUCUUUACACAUCCGGCCAGAGACGCUCUGUGGCCUCUUGCUGUACCCUUGAUGCCGGUGAUGUUGGAAGCCCGAGGGUACGUGGAGCUGCCCGAUAUAAGUGGUCUAGGGCGUGCGGUUUCGGACUUGGUGUAUUCCAAUGGCACGUUGGCGUUUGUGCCGCAAUUUAGACUGCCACUGUUGGAUGUGUUGUUGCAAUCCGAUAAUUCGAAGAAGUCGUUGUACCAAUUGCUUGAGCUAUUCAUCGUCAAGAACAGCGUGACAUUGGGUGUUAUUGACAUGUUGAAUGGUAGUGCAGGGUACGAUGUGGAGAAGCUGCAGAGCGUGCUGAUGGAGGGGCUGAAUAAGCCGUCGGUUUCGGACUACUCGGAGGCUGCUUAUGCGGUUCUCUGUGCUGUGAUGAAUCAGCCGGAGCGUGCGAAGACGGCUGAGCAGUUGCUAGCGAGUGCUGGCAACCCGCUCGAGGUCACCACCCAGCAGUUGGGCUGUCUAAUUGCGUUGUCCGUGUUGAUUACCUCCUGCAACAAUUCUUACGUGCCUUACUGGGUGCCUAAAACCAUCACACAGUUUGCACGACUAGGAAACAGCAAGGCGCCCGAUAGUUGCAGGAAGGCCGUCGAAAACUGCCUCCAGCUCUUCUUCCAACGGUAUCGAGCAGAUUGGGAGACCACGCAUAAACUUCAGUUCACCGAACGACAGCUUGACCUGCUUUCACAGUACAGAGGCAGACCCAUAUAUUUUGGAUGA